AUGUGGUCCCUUAGCAAGGUGAUGCGGACCCCGGAGGUGGCACGUGUCUACGUGAGCUCGUUCUGGGACCAGCCCCUUGCUGGUGACCGCGAUCUUUUCGAGAAGGAGCGUGGCGAUCUGUACUCUCAGAUAGAGCAACUGCCAGCCACCUCGACCGUGAGACGGAUCAACGACAUAAGCAGGAGAGCCAGGCUUGUCAGGGCCCACGCGCUGCUGCUUGAGCACCUGCGAGCGGCGAUGCCGCUGGUGUGGCAGCGCGCGAACACGCAGAAGGAGCUGCUCGACAGCCUGCCCAGCAUCUACCAGGAGGUGUCGAGAAAGCACGGCGUGCCCCUGGGCGACUUCCCGAGCUGGAGCUCAUGA